GUCAGUCAGUCAGUCAGUCAGUCAGUCAGUCUGCGCUGUACUUGCACGACGGUUUACACAUGUUCCUUCUGUACCGGGUUGCGCGAGUGAUACAGGAUACGUAAAAAGCUGACCAUACCUGACGAACAGUUAUUUCGUCAAGUAACACGAAAACGCGCGAUUCCGAGACCUCGGAGAGUCGGGCAUUUAACACGUUGUUUUGCUCCGCUUCGCGAAGAAACACGGAAAACCGAGAGCCCGUUUUUUCCAAGCUGCUUCGUCGCAAGAAAAAAAAAGGGGCGAGUAUACGUGGAAUCGUUCCGCUGAUCUCGAGACAAAGAGAGAGAGCGAGAGGGAGAAAAACACUUGGAUCUCGCUAGAGUUUCUUCUUCGUGCCGAUUCCGAAGGAAGUUGGUUUUAAGGGACGAGUCUUCCGCGGAGGAAUCUCAUUUUUCUCAUGACUCGCUGAACGUGGUUCGCGACUGGGACUUAGGGGGUUUCGGGAAUUUAUUGUUGACCGCCGUUUGCCCUUCGCCUGUUUGUUUACAUCGUCGGGACUGUUGCGCGGGGAAACAGAACGAACGGUUGUACAGGGCAGAUAAGAGAGAGGGCCUCCUCUGCGAUUUAUUCGAGGCGCGGCGCACGGUGUCAGCGAUGAGACGCAUCGCCGUUGAUCGGUUUAUCGGUUCGAACUGGUAUCGCCGACCGCGGAAGCGACCGCUGGUCGGCCCGACCGGAUCUCCUUUCUUGGACAUCCUGGUCAUGCAAACCAGAUCCUGCCGUUGGUUCCGGAAAAACAAAUCUGUCAAUCCUCUAAAGCAGGUGACCUUCCGAGAUGAGGCCAUUAUAUCAAUGUCGGUGGCCGGUGAGGUGACUGACGCAUCGAUCAUGGAAGUAGGCCGUUCUAGACCACAGUAUCAAUAUUCUCGGGAGGAUUUAAUGCUGAUAAAAAAUUUGCGAUUAUCUAGACGUAGGCCUAUAUUCCUAGAUAUCGCUUAUAAUAACUCACGAGGCGUUUGGGACCCCGAACGCUGGCACUCGGAUAGAAAGCGUAGCGAUACACCCCCGAAGGAAGAGAGGACUGGACGUGGUGAUCAAAUCACUGAGAAUCAUAGUAAGCGACGUAACAAUGGCGAUCCACGAGACCGAAUACGUAAGGAGCAAGACGGGAUCGUUUUGAGUCCGCAGCGGAGAAGUUUUAAUUCGGGAUGUUUCGUUAACGUGAAUCAGCCACCAAGCCGGCGUCCGGAGAGCCCGAUUGGCAAAGCAGAGGUCAGCCAUCGUGAACCAGUUCGUCGAAUCGGCAGCGGCAGAAUUUUGACACGGGAUAUAUGGGACUUCCGAGCGGAGAACGAAAAGAUGGAGCCCGAGCGUGCGGAUUACGGUUUCAGAUCAGGCACGGCCGCUGGUGGCUCUCUGCGUGAUCGGGAUAAUAGAGAUAAUCGCGACGGGAAGGAGCGGGACAGGGAUCGCGACAUGCGAGAGAGGGAGCGCGAUCGCGACGGUCUGCGCGAGCGGGACGACAGGUUUGAGCGGCGAUCGUUUGGCCGGGAUUACGGGGACCGUGGCGACAGGGAGCGCGAUCGUGGCGACAGGGGAGGAGUGGAUCGAAAUGAGCGGGGCAAUCAUCAGAUGGAUCGGGAUAAGGAUCGCGGACGCGACAAGAGAUUCGGUAACGACCGUCGACGGACUUACAGUGAUACUCGCGACGCGGACGAGCCGGAAUGGUUCAGCUCGGGACCUACGUCUCAACACGAUACGAUCGAGCUAAGGGGCUUCGAGGAUAUUCCGGAGGAGAAGGCAGUGAGCGGUGGUAAUGCCAAGAGUAAGAAGCAGACUCCCGCGCAGAAGAAACGGGGCAAGAGGAAUGUCACGGAGAAGGACGACAAACCGAGUGAGAAUUUGGCGGGCCCUAAAGGACGCAGCACCCCGACCGUUAUGGAUCAGCCUAUGAUCGCCGUGCCGGCGCACUCUCCGAUUUCCGAACAAAACGAGCAAUCCAUCGCUCAGAACAAAGAGAACAACGUCAGCGCGAAUACUGUCACCGAUCCGACGUCCGAGUCGGGAGAGAACUCUAGUGCGAAUCAGAAUCAAGAGGACUCGCAUCCUGACUUUAAUCUGGAUGAGUUUUUGAAGUCUGAUACCUUCUCUGGCGUCUCCGGAUUGUUGACGAAUGGUGUUGGUUCAAAUAGUGGUACCGGUUCGCGAUUCAGCCAAUGGUUUAAGAGAGAGAGUCCAGUUCAACAGGCGGACAGUCGUAGAGCUUCCAUACAAGAUGAAUUGCUGAACAAUUUAUUGAACGACAUCACCGAGCCAAAUAUUCAAAUACCAUCGGUGACGGAAUCAAACACCUAUUUCGCUCCAAUUUCUCCGGCCAAUACGACCAAUAAUGCUAACACGACCACAAACGGCGUAAAAUUACUCGAGAUGUUACAUCGCGGUAAUAAGCCGAAUCAAAACGGCCAGGGUGACGCGAGUAAUGCGGCUAUACCUAUGAUGAAAAAUUGCUCCAUUAAAGAUUUGGAAGUUGGUGGCAAAGUUGUGCACAGUUUGGAGGAAUUGGAAGCACGUAUGCGGGGUGGUGCUCCUCCACCUGCAACUUCGACUGAUGCGCCCCGUGUAAAUAAGACUGAAGAAGAUCUCUCUGCUUUUAAGAAACUGCUUGCUCAAGUGACUGGAGGACAAGCUGUGCCUGCAGCUAACGGACCUAUCACCCAAAAACAACCUGUAACUUUAAUGCAAUUACUUAAUUCGCAAUUGAAAACUCAGCCGUCGUCGAUGUCCCAUCAACAGCCGCCCACAGAAUCGCUUCAUACUGCAACGUUUAAUCACGUCGGUCCACUUGGUCCUACACAACAUCCGCAUCAGGCUCAGAUGCAACACGAGAAUCUAAUGAAAGUCCUGCAGAUACAGCAACAGCAGCAGCAGCAGCAACAAAAGCAACAGCAGCAACGACAUUCUGAUAUGCUAUCGAUGAUGAUGAACAAUCAGAGGAUGUUAGGUGUCAGUCCAGUACCGACGGAGAUGCAAAUGAUGAUAAAUAAUGUCCCGUCGAGCCAAGAGCUUUUACAACGACCGGAGGCUCAAGCAAUCAUUCAAGGUUUACAGCAAGGGGAAAUUACCAGGCAGCAUCUAAUACAGCAAUUGCAGAAUCCCGCAAUGCAGCAUCGCCAUCGAGAAGUACUGGUCAACAUUUUGAAAAUGUAUGGUGGCACCACACCUCGCACUAUAAGUCCGCAUCCUCAUCCCGCUGCUUCUAUCCCUCAGGAACAUAUACUGCAACAGAUGCUGUAUCAGCAGCAGCAACAACAACAACAACAACAGAGAAUUCCAUCUCCUAUGAAUAACGCUUAUUGUCCACCUCCAAUAAUAUCACCAAAUUUAACAGCUAAUCCUAGUACUUUAUCAGUACAACAUCCAGUGAUACCGCAUAGAGUACCGUCGCCAAGAGAGAUUGUUAUGCAUACACAGUCUAUAAUGCAAAGUGCUUUAAUUAAGAAGAAAUUGGAGGAGCAGCGAGAGAAUUUCCGUAAGCGGCAGGAUCAGCAGCAACAGCAGCAGCAGCAACAACAGCAAGUUCAGCAGCAGCAGCAGCAGCGCGCGUCAAGCCCUGUUAACUCACCAGCUAAGCAAACAGCGAGUCCGCUCGCUUUCACUCCAACCUCUGUUUUACGCAAAAUGACUGCUGAUAAGGAACCUGACGGAAGCAGCAAUGAACCAUCGAAAUUGUCUACGCAAACUCAAGCUUCUCAAAUGCAACAAAUGCAGUCGGCUGCAGUUCAGUUACUUGCACAAGGAGCUCUCUCGAGACACACCGCAUUGCGGUCACAACCUGUUCAAUCAACAUGGUCAAACCCAUCACUCAAACAGCAUCCAGGUCGACCUAUAGUAAAAGGCGGUAAUAACAGCAACACGAGCGGUACUCAGUUCCAAUAUAAUACGGGAAAUACAGAAUUCCAACAACAGCAUAGAACGGUCCCGAAUGUUUACGGCAAUCCAGCACGAUCUAAGCACACGAUGGCAACUUCGUUACCGCAUCAUAAUGUCCCACAGUACAAUGUAGCGCAGAACUCGAUUAUGAAUCAAAGAUCAAAUCCUAUGAAUACCCAGAUGAAGGCGCAGCAGGUCCCGACGCAUCUCGCUAACAUGCAGCAACCACCGCACGGGACCGUUAACAUGCAACAGCAACAACAACCGCCGCAGAGAGCUGUAAAUACGUCAAUGCAACUUGUCAUGAGCCAAAACUACAAUUCUAAUCGCACAGACGGACGGGCGAUGCGAUCGCAACAGUUGAACAUGGCAGUCGGCCGUCAACCUUCACCGGGCCUCGGAUUUGUGGGCAGUAACGGAGGUGACCUUUCGCCAACAUCUAAUCAACUUGCGCGAUGGUUUAGCCCAGAACUUCUCGCUCAAGCUCGGGCCGGCAAGCUCCCGGAGCUUGCGCAAACAAACGUCCUGUCGUUGGAGGAGCUCGAAAGACUUCAACACGCGUCAACCAUAGUGCAUAACUAAAGUGACAUUGCACUCGAAUUACGUUUCAAUUCUACAAAAUUACAUUGGUAACGCUACUACUGGUCGAAGAAUCGGUACUCUUCGUACAUUUUCCUUUUACGUCCGAAGCACCCGUGUAACAUCCCCUACAUGGAUGUUAGAUACACGCCGCUAAAUUACAGACGGUACUCGCCUACGUAGAUCUUUUUAUCAAGUCUUCGUAUUGACAAGAGGUUCAUUGAAAUAACACCGUGUAUUUUGAGUAGGAAUAGGGUCGAUUAAUCGGUUGAACGGUACUUCUCCUUCGAAAGAUCUUCUUUUCUCGAAAAACAUUGCUGACAUCGUUUGUGAAGCCACUUUUCCAAGUUUUCGCGGAAUGUUAUUUAGAAACUACAAAUGUACAGAAUAGUAUAUGAUAUUAAGAACGAAGCGUUAGAACGAAGAAGCGGACAGCUUUCUACGAAAACGACGUAUUGUUUAUAAGACUGAAAAAAAUAUGAAAAUUCUUAUUGUUGAUUAUAUUGACAAGCUGUUUGAGCUUCAUAUGCGUACUUUCUAAAUGACAACACACGAUAAGAUCUAUUUGCCUAAGAUAGGACUGCAAGUUUCGUGUGUAUUCCUGUCUCGUUAUCUAGCAAGAAUCUGAAGAUUAUCUGGCGACUUGAGCAAUUAAUUUCCAUGUGUUUUUCAGAUUAUAUUUGUAUCAAUCUCUCAGUUCCUCGUUUACGAUUAACGGAUGAGGAUGUACUGUGACUGUAUUUUGCAAUGAUUCAUAAGUAAUGAAAGCACCGUUACAGCACAAUUACCUUUGUUCCCUCUAUUCGGAACAAAGCAAAGCGAUAUUUUAACUGCUGUCAGCAGGCAUGAAAAUAUAGUCCGUACUAUGUGUCCGACACAAAAACUUGACGUUGUCGCCAGCAGGGUAAGAACUAGAUAGUCGAUACGUUUAAUCUAGUAUUAUUUAUAGAGUACGUCGCGCUUGCUUAUUUACAACUGGGACUUGCAUAAACCCUUAGGCAAAUAAUACGCGGAUUCCUCGAACUUGAGAACUGCGAGCUAGCACCUGAUACAAUUACUUACACAGAGUGGUGGUGUCGUAUUUAAUAUUCUAUUCGUAUUACUGCAAACAAUGCGAUCUUAUUAACACGAAAAGCGUGCGAAAUAAAAUGAUGAGUAUGUGACAUCAAAUCGUGCAUAUAUUAUAAAAAAUAAAUAUAUAAUAUAUACUUCUCGUGUGUAGAAGAGCGCGUGAGAGUGCGAUGUCAUUAUCCUGAUCGAAAGUGAUAUAUAGACCGAACUGUCUUAAUAAAGAAACUCAGAAGAUACAUAGAAGAAUCGUUUGCAGAAUUAAUUAAGGAAAAUAAGAACAUUCCACCAAUAAAGGAUCAAAUUAAACGAGAUAUCUUUGAGAAAUUUCGACAUCAAUACCGUUGCUAAUAUGCGUUUGCUUUCGAUUUAAUUGUUUACUUCAAGAUUAUAAUUUUCAUGUAAUCACACAAAAAAGGUUAUAUACAUAUAUAUAUUUAUAUAUAUCGGACUCGCUUUAAAACGAUGACUUCUAUUAAAAGUUAACUUUACAUUUAGAAAGGAGAUAAUAUUGUUUACUAUUUAACUGUGUACAUUAGAGUCUCAUGCGCAUAUAAUUGCAGUUUUCUUUUUCAUAGUUGAUUAAGCAUGCAACUAUAUUCUCAUACCUUUAAGAAUUACAGCUAGAAAAGCGAACUAAUUUGCACAGUAUUUUGCA